AUGGUGAUGGUGGUCGCGCUGGCGCUGCGCUGCGGUGGGCGCGCGGGAAGAAGCGUCGCUGCGGCUAAACAUGGAGUGCGACGUCAUGCCGCCCGCCCUGCGAGUUACUUCUCUUCCGCCGCGCUGCCCCUCUCUUCUGCCUCUUCCCUGUCCCCGCGGCCCCUCUUGAUCUCGUCUCCGUCUCCGUCUCCGUCUUCUUCCUUUUCUUCGUCCUUUUCAACUUCUUCCUCUUCUUCUCCUGCUCGUUCACUAGCAUCGUUAUCCACCGUCAGGCCGGCUGCUGCUCGUAAGUCUGCCGGGUUAGCUAUUCCACUCCAGAAAAGAUCCUGCUCUGCCGAAUUCCGCACGAUGAACCCGAGCGACAGGGAGACGCUGCCAGACGUGGCUAAGCCAUCUCACUACCAUGUCUCGCUGUACGAUCUCACCAUCGGCGGCAACUGGGGAUACAAGGGAACUGUCAAGAUAGACACCAAGAUCACACGCCCUACCAAGGAGAUUGUUGUCAAUGUCAAGGCAAUUGACGUCCAGUUGGCAGAGAUCUCUGCCAAAGAUGGAAGUGCUGCCAGCAAGGCCACUGAGAUCUCAUACGACCGCAAGUCUGAACGUGCCAUCUUCAAGUUUGACAGCGAGCUACAGCCGGCAGAUAUGCUGCUGACCAUCUCCUUCACCGGAACUAUCAACAACUACAUGGCUGGUUUCUGCCGUGCUGGAUACCAGUCGGCAGCUACUCCAGGACCUGCCACGCCCAAGGUUGGAGAGCAGCACUACAUGCUUAGCACCCAAUUCGAAUCCUGUGAUGCCAGACAGGCAUUCCCUUGCUUCGAUGAGCCUAAUCUGAAGGCCACCUUUGAUUUUGAGAUCGAAAUUACUAAGGGCUUGACGGCUCUCAGCAACAUGCCUGUUAAGAGCAAGCGUGAGGGUAGCAAGCCUGACCUUGAGUUUGUCUCUUUUGAGCGGACUCCCAUUAUGAGCACCUAUCUCCUUGCCUGGGCUGUAGGUGACUUCGAGUACGUCGAGACGAUGACUAAGCGCAAGUACAACGGCGCCAGUAUCCCAGUCCGUGUUUAUACCACCAGAGGCCUCAAGGAGCAGGCUCAGUUUGCCCUGGAAUGUGCUUCCCAGACCUUGGACUACUUCUCCGACGUCUUUGAGAUCGACUACCCUCUUCCCAAGUCUGACUUGCUAGCAGUCCAUGAAUUUGCCAUGGGCGCCAUGGAGAACUGGGGCCUUGUUACCUAUCGAACCACCGCUGUCCUUUUCGAGGAAGGAAAGUCCGAUGAGAAGUACAGAAACCGUGUUGCCUACGUUGUUGCCCACGGUAUGCUCUCUACCCCAUUCCCCCGUACCCCAUAUCCACAUCUUACUAAUCAAUACAUAGAAUUGGCUCAUCAAUGGUUCGGUAACCUCGUUACCAUGGACUGGUGGAACGAGCUUUGGCUCAACGAAGGUUUCGCUACCUGGGUCGGGUGGCUCGCCGUAGAUCACUUCCACCCAGAAUGGAAUGUCUGGUCACAGUUUGUCACUGAGAGUGUUCAACAAGCCAUGAAACUCGACUCUCUCCGCGCAUCCCAUGCCAUCGAAGUUCCGGUACGAAACGCCCUCGAAGUUGACCAGAUCUUCGACCACAUCAGUUACUUGAAGGGAAGCUCCGUCAUUCGUAUGUUGAGUAGCCAUCUCGGCCAGGAGGUCUUCCUCAAGGGUGUUGCCAAGUACCUCAAGGCCCAUAAAUAUGGCAAUGCUACCACCAACGACCUCUGGUCUGCUCUUAGCGAAGUGUCUGGGAAGGAUGUCACUUCUUUCAUGGACCCAUGGAUCCGCAAGAUCGGUUUCCCCGUUGUCAACGUCACUGAACAAACCAACCAGAUCAAUGUUGACCAACGACGAUUCCUUGCAUCUGGUGAUGUUAAGCCAGAGGAGGAUGAAACCAUGUGGUGGAUCCCACUCGGCAUCAAAUCUGGCCCCAAGGCAGAGAGUGCCAACGUCCGCAAUUUGACCAAGAAGUCUGACUCGGUUGCUGACAUCAACUGUAACGAGUUCUACAAGGUCAACAAGGACCAGUGUGGCUUCUACCACACUAACUACCCACAAGACCGACUCGUCAAGUUCGGUGACAGCAGAAACCUCCUCAGCUCUGAGGACAGAAUCGGUUUGAUUGGUGAUGCUGCCUCUUUGGCUGUCUCUGGCGAGGGAAGCACCGUCUCCUUGCUCGCUCUUGUCGAGAAGUUCCAGGACGAAGCUGACUGCCUUGUCUGGGCUCAAAUUAUGACUUCCCUUGGCAACUUGCGAUCCAUCUUUGGAACCCACGAGACUAUCUCUAAGGGCCUGAAGGCUUAUACCUGCAAACUCGUCACUCCUGCUGCUGAAAAGAUCGGCUGGGAAUUCAAGGACUGUGACGACUUCUUGACCAAGCAGCUCCGACAGAUCCUCAUUACUGCUGCUGGACGUUCUGGCCACGAAGGCACCGUUGCCGAAGCCAAGCGUCGUUUCAAGGCCUGGGCCGAUGGUGAUAAGUCUGCCAUUCACACUAACCUCCGAUCUGCUGUCUUCUCCAUCAACAUGGGAGAGGGUGGUCGCCCUGAGUAUGAUCUGCUGGUUAAGGAGUACGAGACCAACACAACCAUCGAUGGAAAGGAGAUUUGCCUUGGUGCUCUCUCCCGUGCCACCGACCCUGAGCUCAUCAAGGAAUUCCUGGAGUUCCUCUUCUCGCCCAAGGUCUCUGGACAGGAUGUUCACACCGGUGGGUCGGGCUUGGCCGCUAACCCCAAGGGCCGCUACCUCAUGUGGGACUUUAUCAAAGCCAACUGGAACCGUAUUGAGGAGAAGUUGGGUGCCAAUAAGGUCCUGCUUCAGCGCUUCCUGCGUCUCAGCUUGAUCAAGUACGCCGAUAAAGAAGUUGAACAGGACAUCACCAAGUUCUUCUCCGACAAGGACCAGGAAGGCUACGACCGUGCACUUGUCAUCGCAGCGGACACCAUCAAGUCCAACGCCAGCUACCGCGAGAGAGAGGAGAAGGCUAUCCUUGAGUGGCUCACCCAGCGUGGCUACGUAUAA